CCGAGAUGAACGGAAAAAUUAAGGCCCUUCGUCCCCGCAACAUGAUGUUCAUUAACGAUGCUUCAAGCCCUAAAGUGGGCAUCAGCCCAUAUAAUCUUCUUACUAUAUAGGCUCGGCACAGUCUGGUGUAAGUGUCACGAUUUGCACACGGAAGCAACUUCACAAACAUGCUGCACCUCUUGGCAAGUGCUGCACUAGCCCUAACCGUGGUUGCACAGCGACAACCGACUACCAUCAAGUCCCAAGGCAAUCCCAUCCUCGCUGAUGGAUCGUACUUUUCGGCGGAUCCAGGGCCUCUGGUUGUGAACAACACUCUUUACAUCCUUGCUGGUCACGAUGCAGCCCCUCAAAACGACAACUCAUUUAUUAUUAACGAGUGGGAGAUGUUUGUUUCUAAAACCACACCGGAUCCAAAAGGUUCGGAUUGGGACUUCUACCCCGGACUCAUAAAGCCCAAUGACGUCUUCAAGUGGGCUGCACAGGGUACAGCGUAUGCCUCACAAAUUGUUGAGGGACCAGAUGGGAAAUUCUACCUAUAUGCUCCGGUAACGCAAGCGCAAUCGAAUAACGCAGACAAAUUUGCCAUCGGAGUGGCGGUGGCAGACAAUCCCCUGGGGCCGUUCAAGGAUGCCCAUCCUGCGGGACCAAUUCUCUCUCAGUCCGUGCCUGCUCCAGGAAACAACAUCCAGAAUAUUGACCCGACCAUCCUGGUUGAUGAUGAUGGCAAGGUGUACGUCUACUAUGGAACCUUUGGAGCUCUUCGCGGAUACCAAUUCAAGAGCGACAUGGUCACACCUGUCGGCAGUGUCACCACCGUCUCCUCACUCACUGGGUUUUUUGAGGCUCCUUGGAUCAUGAAGCGCAACACAACAUACUACAUGCUGUACGCCGCGAACAAUGCGGGCCCAAAUUCUCCAUGUACGCCAACCUCCUAUCAUGCUUGUAUCGCCUACGGCACAGCAAGCUCACCGCUGGGCCCGUGGACCUUCCGCGGAGUUAUUCUCGAUAUCGUGUCAUCGACGACCUCGCACCCUGGUGCGGUUGAGUUUGGAGACAAGUGGUUUCUCGUCUACCAUACAGCGGACGCGAAGACAGGAGGUAACUUCCGGCGCAGCGUUGCGUUCGAUGUGAUGACUUUCGAUGAUGCUCAGAGUCCUCCUCGCAUCAACAAGGUCGUGCAGACGCGCCAGCCGGCAGGAGCACCUGCGCCGACGCGCAACAUUGCACCACGUGCAAAAGCAAGUUCCGAAAACGCCACCCCAAUUCAGUACUGGAUUGCCGCCGUCAAUGACGGUAAAGUCCCGUUAAAUCCCUUGCCUCCCCAGCUCUGGGCCUCGUAUGCCGGCGACAGCUCACCGCAAAAAUCUACGUUGACACUCACGUGGAGCUCUACGGUGAAGAUAAAUGGCGCACGUAUUGCAUUUUUUGCUGAUCAACCUGCUGGUUCAAAUAUUGGUGUGCCGCCGCCGGCUAGCUGGAGCAUGGAGUACAGAAUCGGUGAGGGAGCGUGGACCAAGAUCAGUGCUACUUACCCCACAUCAGUGAGUGACACACCUCCUGAAGUCAAGUUCAAUGAGAUCAGCGCCACGUCCGUGCGAGCUGUGCUGGUGGCUUCGGGCAGUGGUGGAAAAUUCGGUGGUGUUGGUGUGAAGGAAUGGGAGGUUUUGGCUCCGACAGCCUCCUAGUCACUACGCAGUGCGAGCAAGAGCGCGAUAGAUGUUGCAUCGUGUUUUUGAGUUAGUAAACCCACAGCUUCCACCUUUAUAUCUCAAAGCUUGCAUUGUGACAGUGCGUCUGAAAGUACUUCUAACGAACUAGCAAUGUCACUCUUAUUGACAAGAAUCUCAACACUGUGUUUAGAUUCCAGCAACACAAUAGCUUUUGCACAUUGUAUACACUUUAAAUGUCUAUCAAGACUGUAUAGACCUUGAUUUCUUCGGUCGUGGCUAACACGCCAACAAUCCUCAC